CAUUCACUUGGAAACUGAAAUUGAUUUUUCUUUCUCCUGUGAUCAAGCUUAGGAAAAUCACAACCGUUUUUUUUUUUUCUAAACUAGAACGAGGGUCUUGUGAAUUCGUAGGACGCGAUUUGGCCGGAAACUGUCUAGUUGAGCGCAGGAAGAAACGAGAUGAACGAUCCGGUUCUCAAGCCCGACGGCUUAGGCUCGCCCAAGUGGAAGUAGAGAGAGAGGGGGUUCAGCUCGGGUUCUACGUUGCCCUUCCCUAGAGAUCAGACACUUCGGCGAACGCUACACUGUUCGUUUAAGGUCAAGCGGCGGGCGUGGGCAUCUCAUCUCCUCCAUGUGGGCAGUUCGCAGAGCUACCAACACCAGCCUUCUCAGGGGACUUGGGUACCAGAUACUUGCUGCUAGAAGCAUUUCUGUUAAAUGGGAGGGUUUAAGCAAUGGCAGUGGCACUGUUCAGUGCCUAAGUAGGCAUGAAAAUGGUCCCAUCGUGGUUGCUGAUAGCCCUUUUCCGAAGAGGUUAUCUGAUUGCCUUUUAUACACCAGAUUCUUAGUGGGUCAUAGAUGGCUUUCUUUCCAGACCGGGUCAGAGGCUGAUGGAAAUGAAGAAGGCCAAGAGGACGCAUUUUCUGAGCUUGAGUCUCCUGGGAAUGUGGAGGGGACUAAAUGUGUGGCAGCGAACGAAGCUGACGAUUUGGUGUCUGAGCCUGAGCUAUCAGAAGAAGAUGAUUCAGCUGAGGACAUCACCGGGGAACAUGCAGAAAUUGACAUCUCGGAUCAUGAGGUUGAUUUUAGUGACAAAGUGAAGGAGUUCCCAGAAAAGACUAGUUUCCCACUGACUCAGAUUAUCAUUCAGGCUCCAGUUCAAUCAAUUAAGGGCGCAAUUAGUAAGUGGGUUGAAGGAGGUAAUGCUGUGACCCGAGAUGUUCUUUUAAUGGUCAUGGCAUAUCUUCGCAAUCGCAAAUUUUAUAAAAAGGCCUUGCAGCUUUCAGAAUGGUUGGAAGCGAGCGGGACCUUACCUUUGACUGACCGAGAUUAUGCUUCUCGCAUGGAUUUGGUUGCCAAAGUUUAUGGUAUUCAUGCUGCUAAACGUUUUCUGAAAAGCAUUCCACCAACCAUGCAAACUGAAUUAGUUUACAGGACUCUCUUGGCCAAUUACACUAGCAUGCAAAUGUUAAGGAAAGCGGAGGCAUUGUUUAAGUUAAUGCAGAAGAAAGGCUUUCCCUUGACUGCAUUUUCAUGUAACCAACUACUUGCGCUGUACAAAAUACUUGACAGGGAGAAACUUGCUGAUGUCCUACUGCUGAUGGAGAAGGAAAACGUCAAGCCUACACUGGUCACUUACAAGAUCUUGAUCGAUGCAAAAGGAAGGGUUGGUGAUUAUGAGGGGAUGGAACAGGUUGUGGAGAAAAUGAAAUCUGAUGGAUUAGUUCCUGAUGGAUAUACCCAAUAUCUGUUAGCUAGCUACUACAUCAAAGGCCGGUUACACGAGAAGGUAGAUCCAAUCCUAAAGGAAAUGGAAGGAGAUUCGUCAAAGGUUAGGGGUGGUGUGCGUAGGGGUUUGCUUUCUCUCUAUGCCAACCUUGGCAGAUCAGAUGAUGUUAGCCGUAUCUGGGAACUGUGUGGGGCAAAUCCACAACCGGCAGAGUCUAUCUUUGCCAUUGAAGCCUGGGGGAAGCUGGGUAAGAUAGAGAAUGCCGAGGCAGUGUUUGAGAAGAGGACCGAGCAUGGAGGCAAGCUUCCCCAGAAAAUCUGCACCGCUUUACUGAAGGUUUAUACAAAUCACAAGCUGCUGGAUAAAGCCAAAAAAUUGGUGAAGCGCAUGUUGGUUGAGGGUGGCGGACUGAUGCCCUUGACACUGGAUGCAGUUGUGAAGCUUUAUUUGCGGUCAGGUGAAGUGCAGAAGGCUGAUUCUGUCCUGCAGAUGGCUGUGCAGCAAAAGAAUGCAAGGCCCAUGUACGUCACUUACUUCGCCAUCUUGGGUGGAUACGCAGAGAAAGGCGAUAUUCACAAUGCUGAAAAAAUCUUUGAGCAGUCAAGGCGGGCUGGAUACACGAGCAAAGUUGGAGCAUAUCGGCGGCUCCUCAUUGCUUAUGUUAAUGCAAAGGAACCUGCAUACGGAUUUGCAGAAAGACUGAAGGCCGAUAAUAUACUUCCACAGGGAGCAAUGGCAUCUCAGCUGGCGCUACUUAACAGCUGCCACAAGUUUGCGGUAGCGGAAUUGCUGGAAUGAGAACUGUAUGAUCAGCGCCUUAAGGCAGUUUAAAGCUGGUUCUUAUGAUUAAUGCGUGAAUGCCUUUUUUUGUUUUUAAUUUCCAUCGUAAUUUUGAAAACACGUUGCUUUUUUCCAUUGAGGUUUUAGGGCUCCCAUUAACUUUUGUUUCCAUAAUGUAUACCUGUUUGAGAUUUUUAACUGACCUCGGAACAGGUGAGAUGA